UUCAGUUGUUAAUUUGAACCAGGCAUGUAGCAGGCAUGUAGGCAGUAGGCAUUUUUUAUUUUCGGAGACCGGGGCGCGAUUGACUGGAAUGAUUUCUGCGAAAUUUGCGUGUUUUGCCACCAAUUACUGCACUGCGUGCCUUAAUUGCGCGACUGUUUGUUGUGAGACGUAGGAGCCGCCAAAACCGUGUCUUUCCUUUUUGGUUUGCGAACAUUCUAGUGCCUUUGGGAUGUCCGAGGAAAUUUCGUCAUCGACCUAAGCGACGCCGACGAUGCAGGCCACACCUAUUCUGGGCGCCUCCGAGGCGAAAGAUGACCCUAACCUUCGGAAGAAUAAAUCUCUGCUGGCAAUAUGCAAAAAGUUUUUGGAGUUGUACCCCCUUGACCUACCACCCGGAACCAACACAGAUAUCCCUCUGGAGGUGCUGGCAGAGAAGCUCAACCUGAGCAGAAGAAGACUCUACGACAUAAUCAAUGUCAUGGAGAGUCUUCAGAUGGCAGUCAAAGUAACCAAAAAACUCUACAGGUGGUACGGGCUGCGCAAUGUUAAAAAACUGAUGGACCAGUUGAAACAGCUUUCUGACCAAAAUCGACUGCAGGAGCUGGAUAAUCUAGACCCUGGCUAUCUCAGCAGCAACCUUCCAAUCACUCCUUGCGAGACUGAAAGUCCCAGUGAGAAACUGUUGCAAAAUUUGCUGGAAGCUAAGACUGUGAAGGAGUCGCCAGAACCUAAACGUCCCCGUAUUUGGAAGAACAAGUCACUUGGGGGGACUUGCCUCAAGUUUUUGACCCUCUUCUUUAAAAAAGAGACGAUCAGUUUGGAAUGGGCUGGGUGGGUUCUUCUGUGUGGCGAAGACGAGGACAACGCAGACAGCAAAAGCGACGGAGAUGCCGACGCCACCAAGCAGCUGUGUAAUAAAAUUCGCCGAAUCUAUGAUGUGGUCAAUGUAUUAACCGCUGUCGGACUCGUCUGCAAGCUUCCCCCCAAAGAAUGCACUCGCCGCAGGCCCUUCUACAGAUACUGUGGCCCAGUCAUCGACAGCCUCCACUCAGGAAAGAAAGUUUAUGUACCGUCUGCAGAGCCGACAGGGGCUGGACGCCGAGUCAGAAAUACAUUUGCUGGGCUGGAACCAAAGAGCGGAAUAUGUAGUAACUGCAAACGGAAGCUUGUGCUUUUCUCAGAGAAUGACAAGGGCGGCGACGAUGCUCCAGCCACGAAACGAGCGAUGAUGGCCAGGUCGUCAGUUGACAUACGGCUGAUGGCCAAAAACAAGGAGGGCGGCGGCCUCGGCCGAUACGAGAAAGGAAUCACCGCGCCUAUAGCUCUUAAAACACAACCCAGUCGUCAGGGCCUGGGUUUCAAGGUGGCUGGCUUAGAAAGCCAAUCUGUUGUGUGGGAUUGGAGAUCUGAGGUGGUCGAGGUUAAGGAGACGCUUAAAUGGCUCCCUGGAACCAACGUGACCACUGAUCUAUCCUGGAACUGGAUCCAGCUUGGCGAAGACGGACGCACCAUUGCCGACGAGCACAAAUAUUGCUCACCUGAGAUUUUGAAGAAAGUACUCGGUGCCAAGUCCGUGUUUGACCAGCUGGACGACGCAGAGUUGAGGAAAGCCAGGGGAAGAUGCAAUCCUUUUGAAAGCAUUGGAAAAGUGUUUUUCCAAAACAGAGCUGCUCUUAAAAUGGCAAAUAUUGAUGCCGCCUGUGAUAUGAUGUUCACUAACCCAAAGAACAAAGAGGGCCAGAAAAUCGUGCCAGCAAAUGAACUUCUUUACUUUGCCGACAUCUGCGCUGGACCAGGCGGCUUCUCGGAAUAUGUGCUUUGGCGGAAGAGGUGGCAAGCCAAGGGCUUUGGCUUCACACUUCGCGGUGAACACGACUUCAAGCUGGAGGACUUCAACGCAGCAAGUGCGGAGACGUUCGAGCCGUGCUAUGGGAAGGACGGCGACGGCAACAUCUAUAAGCCAAUCAACAUUCGCCACUUCCAAAACCAUGUACUCGCAAACACGGACGGCAAAGGGGUCCAUUUCACCAUGGCCGACGGAGGCUUCUCCGUUGAUGGCCAGGAAGAUAUCCAAGAAGUCUUGUCUCACCGGCUGUACCUGUGUCAAUGCUUGGUUGCUCUCAGCAUCACUCGUCCUGGUGGGCAUUUUGUAGUCAAGCUCUUUGAUGUCUUCACUCCAUUCAGUGCUGGUCUAAUUUGGCUGAUGAGGAGAGCAUUCCAUAAAAUCUGCAUCUUCAGGCCUAAUACAAGUCAGCCAGCCAAUUCUGAAAGAUAUCUAGUUUGCAAGCACAGACUAAAGGACGUAUCUGCUGUGAGGUACCUGAUGUGGACUGCCAACGAGGAGUUUGAAAAAUUGGCACCAGGCAGUGGCAGAGCAGUUGUCACCAUAGUUCCUGAGGACGUUAUUGCUGGUGACAAAGAGCUAGUAGAGUACCUGACAAUGUCAAACAACGAGCUCGGCCAGCGGCAGGUUGACUCUUUGAACAAAAUCAAAGCAUUCUGCCAAGACUCCACCUUGUUCGAGCCAAAACAGGCUGAGAUGAGGAAGAGCUGUUUAGAUCUGUGGUGCAUCCCGAAAGAAAGCGGAACUGUUCCUAAAUUUGAGCGUCCAGAAGCCGCGUUCGCUGCACUCAAAUGGAAUUACCACAAACACUCCUGGAAUUUGACGCCCAAGAUUCUGCAGGACCACAUGAAAAUACUGGAGUGGAGGUGCUACGCUAUGAAUUCAGGACCUACUUCGAGGAAUUGCACACUGUUUUUAACCGUGGGACGUGGCAAUGUCUACUAUCUAGACGGCAAAGGCAGAUGGCUCAACGUUAGCGUGCAAAACGCUAAACUCGACCUUCCUGCACCAACCCUGGUGUUUGGAGAGCUGGUGUCAGAGCUGCGUGGAGAGUCUGAUGCGCAAAGCAGCAUUAAAGUGCUGCAUGUGAUGGAUGCGCAUGUGUUAGGUGGCCGCGUCAUUGGCCAUUUAAGCUUUGACGAGCGCGUUCACUAUUGCAAACUGUUCGCCAAGGCCAUCGAGAGACCCAGCAGAAACGACCUGACUCGGUUCAAGGUGAAGCAAGCUUUUGCAAUGGACAAGUUGGAUUCCCUGUUUGCAAAGCUCAAAUCGAAGAAGAUCAAGCAGUUCGGUGGAGACAGGAGAAUGUGCAUCAUGCUUGAUGACAAUGAGGACAAGUUCCACGUGGUCGGCGGGCUGUCGUUCAUGAAGGUUGUCAAGGAACCUUGGACUGUGGCUUUCAGCAAGACUGCCAGCCGCAAGUACUGGUUCAAUCAAGAUAAUGGCACUUCCCUGUUCAAGCGUCCGCCCGAGUCAAACCUGAGCUUCAGGAGGUCCGUUAAUAGGCGCCUUGAUUGGUGGUGGCAUGACAGAGUCAGCCUUGCCACGAAUAAUGACGACACGACCAUCGUACACAGAGUCAACUUGAUUGACAAAAUUGAGCGAGAAAAAGUCAACCUAAGAAUAAUUUAGGCUAUUGCUCUGAACCAUUUGUGUAUGAAACGUGAGUUAUGAACACCAUGUGUGCUAAUUAAUUGGAGGAUUAGUUAGGUGUGACGAAGCAACUGUUAUUUCAAGUACCUUGGCUAAUCGAAUAGUUGUGAAACCAAAUUUCACACGAUCAGAGUAGGGUCUGUUACUCUACCCAAAAAACGUCCAAAGACUAGCUUAGCUACUCUUUCAUUGUAAUAUUUUGUAAAAAAAAAAUGGAGUCAAGAAGCUUGUUAAGUUUAUUUUUUAGUAAAAGUUUACCUAAUCAUGUUGACUGAAUACAUUUUAUGAUUGAUUUUAACUGUACAGAGUAUUUUACUGAUGUUUGAAUUUUAAUCGCAAGAUUAAUUUUGCUGAUAAGACAUCACGUGACGAAGCUAAGGCUGAUCUCUGCUAAGCUGUGUAAGAAAUAAAUUUUAUUUCGCAAUCCUUGGCUCCCAGGGAACAUCUGUGAAACCAAAUAAGACACGAUCAGAGCAGGCGUGACAAGAGUGGCUAAAAGCCACUGCUUAACAAUAAAAUUGUACUAUAGUGUCACAAAAUUCAUUUUUAAACAAUAUUCGUUAAUAAUAGAUUGUAAGUAAAAAUUUUGAAUUUUGCUGACUGAAAAGUUUAUGAUGAGAGACAAUGAAAUAAAUAGUUUAGUGUUAUAAUUA